AUGACGACUCUCACACGCUCCGUCGGCUCGAGGCCAUGGCGACCGCAAUCCUUGAGCUCACUAUGCGCACUUCGCCCGACACGCACACGCUUCAUAGCGACGGCUUCGACGACAGAUGAUACCAAACCCUACUAUGUCACAACGCCCAUUUUCUACGUCAAUGCCGCUCCUCAUGCCGGCCAUCUAUACACCAUGGUCCUCGCAGACGUUCUGAAGAGAUGGCAGCUGCUCAAGGGAAGGAAGGCAAUCCUCUUGACCGGUACCGAUGAGCAUGGCAUGAAGAUUCAACAGGCCUCUGCGAAAGCCGGAAGCGACCCAAAGCCCUUCUGCGACAAGGGUGCCGAUAUCUUCAAGAACCUGGCUGCGAGAGCCGAGCUGAGCAAUGAUCACUUCAUCCGGACUACUGAUGCUUCUCACAAGGAAGCCGUAGAGUACGCCUGGCAUCUAUUGAACGAGAGAGGCUACAUUUAUCAGUCCAAGCACCAAGGCUGGUAUUCUGUGAGCGAUGAAACCUUCUAUCCAGAAUCUCAAGUACAUCUGGUCUUGGAUCCUCCUACUGGCCGUAAGAUCAUGGCCUCGAUCGAGAGUGGAAAGGAAGUCGAAUGGACUUCUGAGGUCAACUACCACUUCCGACUUUCUGCUUUCCGUGAUAAGCUUCUAGCAUACUAUGCCGAGAAUCCUGAUUGGGUCACUCCUAAGGCGAAGAUGAAGGAUGUCGUGUCUGCUGUUACUGCCGGUCUCGAGGACCUGUCCAUCUCGCGUCCCUCCUCGAGACUCACAUGGGGCAUCCGUGUUCCAACUGAUCCCGAGCAAACAAUCUAUGUCUGGCUAGAUGCUUUGAUCAACUAUGCCACGGCUGCUGGUUACCCAUGGGCUCCUGGCUCCGAGCAUACCGGCGGCUGGCCUGCGGAUGUACAGAUCAUUGGUAAAGACAUUCUCCGCUUCCAUUGUAUCUACUGGCCCGCCUUCCUCAUGGCACUGGAUCUUCCUUUGCCUAAGCGUUUUCUCACGCACGCUCAUUGGACCCUCGGUAAGCAAAAGAUGGCAAAGAGUACAGGCAAUGUUGUGAAUCCUUUCUUCGCCCUCGAUCGCUUCGGCACUGAUACCAUGCGAUACUACAUGAUCCACGACGGUGGCAUUGACGAUGAUACCGAUUACGAUAAUUUGUAUAUCAUCGAACGCUACAAGAAAGGUCUUCAAGGAGGUCUCGGAAACCUGGCUUCCAGAAUCACGCGCGGGAAGGGAUGGGAAGUCAGACGUGCUGUUAAGAGAUUCUCUGGCGAUCCAAGGUCGAAUUCACCGUUUGUCCAGGCGCAUGCCCGCAAAGUGGAAAUUACAGAGUUUGAAAAAUUGGUCCUGGACUUCCCUAAAGACGUAGACAGUCGCAUGGAAAGUCUUCGUCCAAAUCUUGCCCUCAAGAAGUUGAUGAAGAACAUCUACGCAGCGAAUGCUUUCCUCCAAGCUCAAACUCCGUGGGAUAUUGCUGCCCGACUCAAGAAAGGAGAGGUAGUGCGCAACACCCAGUCCAAUGAAGAUGCUGAACGUCAGAUGGACUACAUCAUCUAUUUGUGCACUGAGACAUUGCGUCUUGCUGGCAUCAUGCUUCAGCCAGUCAUGCCUUCGAAGGCCAAGCAACUGCUCGAUAUGCUUGGUGUAGCAGAAGACAAGAGGGGCUUUGCUGAUGCUCAACUGGGUGCCGAUAAGGACUAUGGCGCAUCCAAAGUGCCGCAGGGCAAAGGCCAAGCAGGCGUCCUCUUUGCGCCGCUGAUGAGCGACUCAUAG